UCCAAGCCCAACACACAGAAUUCGUGACAGCGACACGUUAUGUCCAGUGGUCGCACCCUGAUUUCCGCCACAUCAUCCACUAUAAACUAACCCAAAUCUUCUUCUUACUUUAAUUUCUACUCCUCUCUUCUCCGACUAAUCACUAGAAACCCGUUUCCUCUCAUCUCCUUCGCGAUGGCACUUCUCUCUUACGUGACCAGGAAAACCCUAACCGAAUCCCUACGCCUAGGAUUGAAGUCGCACGUCCGUGGACUUCAGACCUUCACGUUGCCGGAUCUUCCCUACGAUUAUGGCGCUUUGGAGCCGGCGAUUAGCGGCGAGAUUAUGCAGUUGCAUCACCAGAAGCACCACCAGACUUACAUUACUAAUUACAACAAGGCGCUUGAGCAGCUCGACCAAGCCAUCAACAAAGGCGACGCUUCUGCUGUUGUCAAGUUGCAGAGCGCCAUCAAGUUCAACGGCGGAGGUCAUAUCAACCACUCAAUUUUCUGGAAGAAUCUCACUCCUGUUAGUGAAGGUGGCGGUGAGCCACCACAUGGUUCGCUUGGUUGGGCUAUUGACACAAAUUUUGGUUCUAUUGAAGCAUUGAUACAAAAGAUGAAUGCUGAAGGAGCAGCUUUACAGGGCUCUGGAUGGGUGUGGCUUGGUGUGGACAAGGAGUCAAAGAAGCUUGUGGUUGAAACAACUGCAAAUCAGGAUCCACUGGUAACUAAAGGUCCAAAUUUGGUUCCUUUGCUUGGCAUAGAUGUUUGGGAGCAUGCAUACUACUUACAGUACAAGAAUGUGAGACCAGAUUAUUUGAAAAACAUUUGGAAAGUCAUCAACUGGAAGUAUGCCGGCGAACUGUACCAGAAAGAAUGCCCUUGAGCUAGGAACAUUUUGUUUGAGUUGGGUUUGAGCUGUCAAAGUCGAAAUAAAUAAUAUAUUGUGGCAGAUAUAGAGCCCCCUUUGCUUUUCUGCAAUGUGUGUUAAGUUUUGUAUCCCAUGUAUGAAAACCGAAUAAUGUUGAACUCUAUGCGCUUUUUGUAACUUCCUGUUAAUGACAACAUUGAUCAUUUUGUACCCAUCUUGAUUAACAAGGUUAUGGUUCGAAUUUGUU